AAGCAGAGAAGAAUGCUCUCUCACAGCAAUAAUCACGUCGGGUCGAUAUGGGGGUUGACGCGUGCGCCGAUGCUCGAUGCAUCGAGACGCUGUUCCCUCAGUACUUUUGAUAGUGGCGAUAUCAGCAAAAACCCUGGUACGAGGGUAAGGAACGAACGGACGACGUGAUUGUGUGGAAAAAUGUUCGAGCUUUAUGGUGUCGGUAAGGAUGGCAUGGUUUAUCGGUCUCCACCACCAAGAAGAAAAGAAGUCGACAUCCUGGAAACUUGCUUGCAACUCUCCUCACCAGAACUUAUGAGAAAAUUGCCCAACGGCGAUGCACUUCACCAUAUCAAGGAUACGGGUGUUUCAACUUCCUUCAACAAAGCUAAAGAACCGCUAAGAGAGAGCAGACGAAGUGUUGUAAGAAGAUGGGUGGUAAUGACUGGAUUCUUCUUCCUCGGAUGUGCCUUAGUGGCUGGAGUAGGUCUGCCUCUCGCCUUGGAACUUCGAAGCUCUCACUUGUUGGAAGCCAGACUGCAGGUAGUCCGAAGAAUGCUGUCAGAGAUUCCUCUGAUUGAUGGGCAUAACGACUUUGCCUGGAAUCUACGAAAGCACAGCGGCAGUACGAAGCUAGGUAACUUCCCCUUCGACGAAGAUUUGUCGCGCAAUGCCAGCUGGGGUCCGCAGUGGCAAACAGAUCUGAUCCGUCUAGAACAGGGGAUCGUUGGCGCGCAAUUCUGGUCGGCCUAUGUGCCAUGCGAGGCGCAAUUCCUUGAUGCCGUGCAACUCACCCUCGAGCAGAUCGACAUCGUGCGCAGACUCACGUCGCGCUACCCCAAGCGAAUCAAGCUGGUGACAACGAGCGGCGAGCUGGAGAAGGCGCAUCGAGACGGAGUGAUCGCCAGCCUAGUAGGGAUAGAGGGUGGUCACAGUAUCGGCACUUCCAUGGCGGUGCUGAGGAGCUUCCAUCGGCUGGGCGCGCGCUAUAUGACCCUGACCCACAAGUGCAACACGCCAUGGGCAGACUCAUGUUCCGUUGACGAUCCGAACUCGGACGCACCCUCUGAUUUCCACAGCGACGGCCUCUCGGCGUUCGGUAAAGCGGUUGUUCGGGAACUGAAUCGGCUCGGUAUGCUCGUGGAUCUUUCGCACGUCUCGGUGAGAACGAUGAGGGACGCUCUCGCGGUGACAAAGGCGCCGGUCAUAUUCUCGCAUAGUGCCGCUAAAGCACUCUGCAAUUCCUCUAGCAACGUCCCGGACGAUGUACUACGGAAUUUGUCUCUCAAUGGUGGUCUGGUUAUGGUCAGUUUCGACAGCGCGCAUUUGAGCUGCGGCGAUAAAGCUUCUAUGUAUGAUAUCAUAGCUCACAUCAAUCAUAUAAGACGAACAGCUGGCGUGAAUCAUGUGGGUCUUGGUGCUGGUUACGAUGGGAUAUUGAGACCACCGACGGAAUUGCCGGACGUUUCCGGUUAUCCCUUGCUGCUGGCCGAGCUGACUAGAGAUCGUAGAUGGUCCGCGACCGAUAUAAAGAAACUUGUGGGUGGAAAUUUGUUACGCGUCCUCAAGGAAGUGGAGAAUCAUGCAGCGACUCUCUCGCAUCAGUUUCCGGCAGAGGAGUGGAUUCCUCAGGAACUCAUCGAUGAGAGCGCGUAUUGCAAAUAUCACGACGCGUAAAAGAUGUCUUUCGCUCGCGUCUACGACUAUUUUCGACGUACGACUGGCUGUCAUUUCAAUUCUACGAAUCAUUCCCUCGCUAAAAAAAGUACGCACUUUGAACUGUAUCGUCUUUGUACCUGGAGCGCUCUCUUCAACUGUUUUACAUUUUUAAUAAAAUACCUAGC